UAGUUGGUGCAGUCCGGCUGAGUCAUCAGCGUAAUCAACACACUUCCGUUCGCAACUGGCCACCCCACACGGGCCAUUUUGGAUCUAAGUUCUGUCUAUUCUAGCGCGGUGUUUCUGCUGUUGCGGAGCCAAAAUGGCGGAGUGUGCAGCUGCCGCUUUGGUGUAUUCCAACUGACUUGAGCGCAAGAUGGCAGCUUCAGUGGAAGACGAGUUUGAGGAUGCGCCUGAUGUAGAGCCUUUAGAGCCGACAUUAAAGAAUAUUAUAGAGCAGAAAUCACUCAAAUGGAUAUUUGUCGGUGGUAAAGGUGGCGUGGGCAAGACAACAUGCAGCUGCAGUCUGGCAGUACAGUUAGCGGCGGUGCGAGAGAGCGUCCUCAUCAUAUCCACAGAUCCAGCACACAACAUCUCAGAUGCCUUUGACCAGAAGUUCUCCAAGGUGCCCACCAAAGUCAAGGGCUACGACAACCUCUUUGCCAUGGAGAUCGACCCCAGUCUGGGUGUGGCGGAGCUCCCCGAUGAGUUCUUCGAGGAGGACAACAUGCUCAGUAUGGGGAAGAAGAUGAUGCAGGAAGCCAUGAGCGCUUUUCCCGGCAUCGACGAGGCCAUGAGCUACGCAGAGGUCAUGAGGUUAGUGAAAGGCAUGAAUUUUUCGGUGGUGGUGUUUGACACGGCCCCUACGGGACACACUCUGCGUCUGCUCAACUUCCCCACCAUCGUGGAGAGAGGACUGGGCCGCCUCAUGCAGAUCAAGAACCAGAUCAGCCCCUUCAUCUCACAGGUAUCAGCACUGCAUUCUGGGAAUUGCUGUGUUUGUAAAAUAGCACUGGAGAAUAGUGGAAUAUACAAGUGUAUGGUAGAGAAAUGUAUAAAAGUUUACAGAAAAAGUGUGAAUGUUUAUUUAAAAAAAAAAAAAAAUAUAUGA